AUGGGCUCCUCGCAGAGUCAGCCAGCUACGGGUCCACAGCCUCAAGUCGUUCGAAUAAAUCGAGACCAGAUUCCUGAAGAAUAUCGUUCAGUCGGCGUCUCUGGAGCUGUUGUCAACCGCGUAAACUCGCAGCGCCCUGCCGGUUCGCCUCCUAAUUCUGGGAUUGCAGCCGAUAUCGAUGUGCAAAAGCUGCGAGCGGAACUCGCGAAAGAGCGCGGUGAAAAAGAAUCUCUCCGCACCGAAGUCAGCGAGAUGAGGCGCCUAACGGAAUUGCAGCAGAGAUCAUUGGGGGAUCGAUCCGCCAUUUCUCUGGGAAGCGACAUCGAGGACAGGAAGAAGAUUUUUGAUGAAACCGUUCAACGAGUCGAGAAGCAGUUUUUCAACUACCGGCGAGAGAACGUUUGCCAAGAGAAUGAACAGGAAAUCAUGUCGUGCCUAAAAGCAAAUCCGAAUCGACUUCUCAACUGUAAAAAACUUGUGAGCGGCUACGAGGCGUGUGUUGGCGAGUUCAGGAAAGAGGUGCUGAAGGGAAAC